AUGGAUGGUUCUCCCGUGAGACCCGUUGGACAUUUGGAGAAGUUUCUGAUUCAUCAGCACCUUGUGAGGUUCUACAACAACGUGCAAGUCACUGCAGUUUAUACUGUUCCAAAUACCGAAUUCAAAUUCAACAACGACGACAUCCAAUGGCUUGUUUACAAAGCUAUAGGGAAAACGUUGAAUCGUCAUCCAAUCCUAGGAGUUGCUGUUAGAAAUGAAGACAGCCCACAGCCAGAGUGGAUAAGACUCGAACGGGUCGAUCUUCGGGAAAUCGUACGAUUCAUCGAGACGGAACCAAACAUGACGAAUCUCGAUGCUUGGAUACAAGAUGAACACCAAAAUUCUUUCCACAAGCCUCAAGAGCUUCCCCUCUGGCGGUGUACAGUGGUUGUUCCUCCCCAAGCGCCUGAAACAGUGGAUGCUGUGGUCUUUGCUCUUUCAUUCUCGUUCCAUCAUGCCGUUGGUGAUGGUUUGUCUGGGGCAGCUUUUCAGAAGACGUUUCGCCAAUCUUUGAAUGAGAUUAUAUCCUCAGUUGAGACUAUUCGCAGUGAUUUUGAUCUUACCGGAAAGGAGGUAUUGGAGGUGCCCAAACUCGCCUUGGUGCCAUACCUCGAAGAAAGCAUGGCGCUUCCUCUCACUCCACUUUUCAUGCUAGGAAAGGUGUUUAAAACGUAUCUGUUUUCUCCCGUAGAUACGCAAGAGUGGUCUGGGCCCUCUAUUCGGGAUAUCCGACCACCCAUUAGCCAUCUUCGAAGUUUUCAUCUGCCACAGGAAGUCGUGAGAAACUUACGAAGUGGUUGCAGAAGGCACCAAACAACAAUCACGGCUCUUAUCACAGUCAUUGUGGCUCGGGCCUUGGCUUUGUUACAUCCCACUCAUAGUCGAUUUGUUGGUGCAGUACCAUUCUCGCUAAGGAAGUUUUCGAAGCAUUCGCCAGAUGACAUGGGAUGCUACACAGCAAUUGCGGAACCAUACUUUUCUUCAGAGAGAAGCCCGCCAUGGGGCUACAUCUCAUGCCGAUCCAACGGCAGGCCUAAUUCGUCAAAGGGUCUUUCUAAAGACGACUCACUGUGGAGAGCCGCUCAAUCAUGCAAAGACGUUAUCCGCACAAGAAGUGAGUCAACUUCGAACCUCUCUGUUGGCUUGACAAAGUUUGUCGGCGACUACCGACAGCACUUCUUGAACAUGAUUGGAGAGAAAAGACGGCAUGCCUUUACCGUUACCAAUAUCGGAGUCAUUGACGGCGGUAUAUCCCUACCGGUGGCUCUACAAGGCGAUGAAAAGGCAGUUUGUGACCGAUUGCUAUUUUCUGUAGGGGCAUCAACGAACGGCUCUCCGUAUUCUGUUUCCGUAGCAUCCGCUACCAACGGUUAUAUGUCUGUUACUUUAAAUUGGGAGAAAGAAACAGUGGAAGAAAGCGACGCAAAUAGCCUUCUGGAAUCUUUAGACAGCGAACUGAAUCGUCUAGCUCAACUCGAGCUGGAGGUAUAA